GGUAAAAAUUUAGUUGAUGCAAGCGAAGAGAAUCCAGUCAUGAGAAAAAAAAGAGGAAGAGAAGAAGAAUCGUACAACAUUGCAGAGGUCAUGUCAAAAGAGGAAAUUUUGUCAGUGGCUAAAAAGCAUAAGGACAAUGAGAUUCCUACUAUGUUGUAUCAUGGAACCCGGCAGGAACGUCGAAAAUUGGUAAAGAAUAUCCACAAAAGACAAGGGACACUGCAGAUUCAUCCCGUGGUAAUCACAUCAUUUGAAAUAGCCAUGAGAGACCAGAAUGCUUUACAGCAUUGCUAUUGGAAAUACUUAAUAGUAGAUGAAGGACACAGGAUUAAGAAUAUGAAGUGCCGGCUAAUCAGGGAGUUAAAACGGUUCAAUGCUGAUAACAAACUUCUUUUGACUGGUACUCCCUUGCAAAACAAUUUAUCAGAACUUUGGUCGUUGCUAAACUUUUUGUUACCAGAUGUAUUUGAUGACUUGAAAAGCUUUGAGUCUUGGUUUGACAUCACUAGCCUUUCUGAAACUGCUGAAGAUAUUAUAGCUAAAGAGCGAGAACAGAACGUUUUACAUAUGCUUCACCAGAUUUUAACCCCAUUUCUACUGAGAAGACUGAAGUCUGAUGUUGCUCUUGAAGUUCCUCCUAAGCGAGAAGUAGUUGUUUAUGCACCACUUUCUAACAAGCAAGAGAUCUUCUAUAAAGCUAUUGUGAACCGCACAAUUGCAAACAUGUUUGGAUCUUGUGAGAAGGAAACAAUUGAGCUAAGUCCUACUGGAAGACCAAAACGGCGAAGUAGAAAAUUAAUAAAUUACAGGGAAACAGAUGAAUUUCCUAGUGAAUUAGAAAAACUAAUAAGUCAGAUACAGCCAGAUGUAAACAGAGAAAGGAGUAUUGUGGCUGAUAAUACCCCUAUAGAAUCUGAAGUUAAUCUGAAGCUGCAGAAUAUAAUGAUGCUGCUUCGUAAGUGCUGCAAUCAUCCAUAUAUGAUUGAAUACCCUAUAGACCCAGUCACACAAGAGUUUAAGAUAUACAGUUUCAACAUGGAUCCAGAUGUUUUUCUUUUCUUAGUGAGUACACGAGCUGGUGGUUUAGGCAUUAAUUUGACAGCGGCGGAUACGGUUAUCAUUUAUGACAGUGAUUGGAAUCCCCAGUCUGAUCUCCAGGCCCAAGAUAGAUGCCAUAGGAUUGGUCAGACAAAGCCAGUUGUUGUAUAUCGCCUUGUAACUGCAAAUACUAUUGAUCAGAAAAUUGUGGAAAGAGCAGCUGCUAAGAGAAAACUGGAGAAGCUUAUCAUCCAUAAAAGUAAAUGGUUUUUAACUUGUUUAUAAUAAUUUUAUUAUUUUUGUGUAUAUGUGUAUUGCCUGCAUGUAUGUCUGUGCCCCAUGUGCAAGCUUAAUGCUUAGGGAUACCAGACAAGGGUGUUGACCCACCUGAACCUGAAGUACAGAGGGUUGUGAGCCUCUAUGUAGGUGCUGGGAACUGAAACCAGGUCCCCUGUAAAAGUAGACAGUGCUCUAAACGUGAGCCAUCUCUCCAGCCCUGUAAGCGCUAUUACAGGUAACAUUGCAUGUAAGUGAUGUUUUUGUGUGUUAAGAAUUUCCGUUUUUGUUACUUUCUAAAGAAAACUAAUACAGCUUGAUGACACAGGAUUUAAAUGUGUGAUAGGGGAUUUGGAGCUACUGACAGCAUACAUUGAGUUGCUGUUCAUAGACAGAGACUCAGGGAUUAGAUAACUAUUAAGGGAAAGGGUCAAGAAUAAUGAACCUUUGGGAGUUCAUUGGUAUAAUGUCCCCAAAUCUGUCAUAUAAAACUUAACAUAAUGCUUUGCAUAUUUCUGGUAAGAUAUUUGUUUACCAAAACCUUUAAAACUUAAGACCUUUCAAGAUGCUGAAUAUUAGAUGCCAAUGGUUUUCAUAGUAGUAAUAUCAAAUAUCAAAUUCCAUUUAGUGUAGAAUAGAUUCUUUGGAAGGGGAAAAUGAGUAAGGAGCUUCAUAUCUUAUUUUCCAAGAUUUCUUGGGAAGCCCCCCCCCCUUUUUUUUGGAAUGUUUCAAGACAGUGUUUCUCUGUGUAUCCCUGACUGACUGUGCUGGAAUUCACUUAUAUGUACCAAGCUUAAACUAAUUUCUACCUGCCUCUGCCUCUCAAGUGAUAGGAAGGAUUAAAGGUGUGCACCACCACUGUCUGCCCAAGGAUAGUUCUAUUUUUACUCAUGUAAC